GUGUCUUUGUUUUGAGAGCUUAUAUUCAAGCAGCAUUCUUCCGUGUUUUACUUCCUACUGUGGCCUCCGACUGCACCGGAUACAACUUCUCUGUAGAGGAAUAACUACCUUGAUCGUGUUACCAGUGAACUGACAUGAUGGUGAGAUACUGUGGUCUACUUAAUACCAACAAUGAGCCAGUUCCCCUGAAGAGCAUUGAGGUGGAGCUGGAGGUGAGGGACCAUGUGGCGACAGUGGUCUCCAUUCUGAACUACGAGAACAAGGAGGACAAACCUCUGGAGGCUGUUUUCGUCUUCCCUCUGCCUGGAGACGCUGCUGUCUGUCACUUCAGUGCUCAGAUUGGACAGACACAGAUUGUAGCUGAGGUGAAGGAGAAACAGAAGGCUCGUGAGGAGUAUGAUGAUGCGCUGAGCUCCGGUCAGCAGGCCUUCCUGUUUGAGGAGAGCGAGCAGAGUCCAGAUAUAUUCACUCUGAGUGUGGGCAGUCUGCCUCCAGGAGAGAGCGCCUCCGUCAGGCUGGAGUACGUCACUGAGCUGGCUGUGCAGGCGGAUGACGGGCUGAGGUUUUGUCUGCCUGCUGUGCUAAACCCUCGCUACGAACCUCAGGGUUCUGAAGGUGCUGGUGUGCAGGUGACCUCUGUUCCAGCCUCUCUGGUUCCCUACAGUCUGUCGUUUUCUGUCCGAGUGUCAUCUCCUCGUCCAAUCUCCAAAGUCGAGUCCUGCUGCUCUCUGGAGCCUCUCCAGUACGUCAACACAGAGCAGACCCAGGCCACGGUCAAGUUGGCUGCAGGACACAAGUUUGACAGAGAUGUUGAGCUGCUGAUUUAUUACAGAGAUGCUCACAAGCCCACUGCUGUGGUGGAGGCAGGACAGGUGUCUGCCAAACCAGGGAGUCUGAUGGGCGAUCCAGUCCUGAUGCUGAGCCUGUACCCUGAUUUCCCUCAGUCUGUGAUGUCUUCACUCACCUCACGUGGAGAGUUUAUCCUCCUACUGGAUCGAUCUGGGAGUAUGGGUUGUCCAAUGAGUAAUGGCAAGCGGCAAGAAACUCGAAUUGCCAGUGCCAGGGAUACUCUACUGCUCCUGUUGAAGAGCUUACCAAUGGGCUGCUACUUCAACAUCUACAGUUUCGGCUCCAGCUUUGAACACAUCUUCCCAAAGAGUGUGGAGUACAGUGAGAAGAACUUAGAAGACGCUCUGAAGAAAGUCGAAGCGAUGCAGGCAAAUCUGGGAGGAACAGAGAUUCUCAAGCCCCUCACACAUAUUUUAAGCCAGACCUGCAUUUCGAAUCAACCUAGACAAGUUUUUGUCUUCACUGACGGAGAAGUGUCAAACACCAAAGAAGUGAUCGAUCUGGUGAAGAAGAAUUCAGGUUCCCACAGGUGUUUCUCUUUUGGGAUCGGGGAAGGGGCCAGCUCUGCUCUUAUCAAUGGGUUGGCCAAGGAAGGAGGAGGUCACGCUCAGUUCAUCACAGGGGCUGAUAGGAUGCAACCUAAAGUGAUGCAGUCGCUGAGAUUUGCUCUGCAGCCAGCUGUGGUGGACAUCUCAGUCACAUGGGAUUUGCCAACAGGAGUUUCUGUGACUGUUCUUUCGCCACCAAUCACAGCCCUUUUCCAGGGUCAAAGGUCACUGAUUUAUGCCCAACUCACCGGACAGAGUUCAGAGGCAGCAGAGGGCUCUGUGAUGGUGAAGUACAGCCUGGCAGGUCAUCUCUCUCAGAACCAGCUUCACUUCUCUCUCAAACCUCCAGAGGACAAUGGACUAACAGUCCACAGGUUGGGUGCUCGGACUCUGAUCCGCUCCCUAGAGACAGAGGAGAAAGAACACAGAGGACAGCAAGAUGGAGGAGUGAAGGAGAAGGUGGUGCAGCUCAGUCUCCAAUCAGGAGUGAGCAGCUCCUCCACGGCCUUCAUUGCCGUCAACAAAGGCAAUGGCGAGCCGAUAAGAGGACCUCUGGUGCGGAGACCUGUUCCAACACCUGCUCUCAUGCAGCGACAGGCAUGUAAUUUAAGGGCGAAAAAAUCUUGUGCAAUGGCAGCAAGGCCUAAAGUAAAGUCUGGCAGCGUGUUUACUGAUAUUAACAUGAAGCUCAAAAGUAUGUCGAGACAAAAAUCCACUCCGGACGGAAUGAGAGCUUCCAAGGAACAAGUUGAGAUGUCCCUCGACAUGUGUGAUUCCACUUUCUCAAUUCAGGCUCAAUCAAAGCAGCCACCCAGAGACCCUUUAAUGCAGCUGGUCUCUCUGCAGAAGGCGUCUGGCUGCUGGCUGCUUGAUCCGGCUCUGGCUGCUGCUGUGGGAAAGACCAGCGAGGAGGUGGAGAACACAAAGCCUUCAGCUGUGAACCAGGAAGUGUGGGCCACCAUUCUUGCUCUGAUCUGGCUUCAUGGCUUCGAGAUGGAUGCUAAGCCAGAGUGGGAGCUUCUGGCUAUGAAGGCUGUGUCCUGGCUCCGUGCACAGAAUGUACCAUCAGAGGGCGUGGAAGCUGGAAACACACUGUUGGGUUGCCAUGUGCAGAAAGACGCCAUGGGGCUCUGAGGAUUUUGUAUCAUAUAGGUGCCCAUUUAAGAGCAUUUAAUUUGUCUCAACAAUAAAGGCCUGUUCUAUCAUG